AUGCUCACCAUCAAGCAGCCUGCGCAUUACGGCUACAGGUCGGUUCAUGACCUGCCGACACCGCCAUCCAGCACGUACCGGCUCUCGCCUCCGGUGGUCUACCAAGAAACUGGGCACAGAACCAAUCCCACGCCUCCUCGCACAAGCACUCCCUCAGCAGUCCAGCAGAUGUCCUCUUCCCACAGGCCGCUGCCCCCGCCGGCAGCCAUGACGCUGGCUCAGCACCCUUCCCAAGCGCCAGGAGGCCAUCCUCAGCCCCCUGGACCCCCACCACUCUCACAGCCUCCUCUCCAGCAGUCCAUCCCCCCGAACCAGCACGGCACUCAUCUGCCCCCUCCGCCGCAAUGGCACCAAGGCAGCGGUGAGGACUCGAUGAGGGCAUGGCUAGCAGCCAAAGCCGAGGAGGAGAAGCGAAAGCAGGAAGAGGAGAGGACCAGACAGGAGAGUCUACGGCUCGAGCAGCGGAAGAUGGAGCACGAAAUCCUGCGAACCUCGUUGUCGGGCGGCAUCCCCCCCUCCAUGGUGCCAGUUGUCUUUGCUGGGAUGGGAGGCAGCACGCUCACCCAGGCGGCACUCGAAAUGGCACACCACGUUAUGCAAUCACAGAUGUCGCAAGCGGGCCAGCCCCAGCUCCUCCCGCCAGCCGGUCCCGCGUCCCCGGAGCAUAGACGGGACCAGCAGAGCCACAGUUAUGGCCAGUAUUCUGGCACGGCACCGAUGCCGGGGACGCCCGGCUCUGCUCACGCGACUCACAGCGGCUUCGUGUCUUCGGCGGCCUACCCAGGCUCGCCAACUCGAUCUCGCGGCUACAGCGGCCCGCCACGACCCCUGGGAGCAGGCCUGCCAAAUCUCAACACCAACGUGGCCCAGGGGCCUUCUGGUCCGCCAUCCCAAGCGCACCCGUCCGCUCCCUCGGCCCAGCCGCAGGAAGCACAGCCGUCUCCGUCCAUCUACUUCCAUCAUUGGCAACCUCCAAGCAGCCAAGGAGGCGGCAGCGGCAGCCAGUCUGUUACGCCUUCAGGUGCGUCUAAGACCAAGACCCGCUCCUGA